CCUCACUCUGUUGUUUUCACUCGUUCAGACUUACUCAAGUUACGUUCUCGAAAAUGUCGGCCGAAGGAUCAUCCCCAGCUACCCCAAAGCAACAAAAAAAGAAGGCACCAAAAGCCGCUAAACCGAAAAAGGUUGCCUCCCAUCCGAAAUACUCUGUAAUGAUCGGAGCAGCUCUUAGCGCUCUGAAGGAAAGAAAUGGCUCAUCCAGGCAAGCAAUUUUAAAGUACAUCAUGGCGAACUACAGCGUUGGUGAUGAAAAAACUGCUAACAAUCACCUGAAGUUAGCACUAAGAGCUGGAGUGAAGAAUAAUAGUCUCAAACAAUCCAAGGGAACUGGUGCAUCUGGUUCAUUCAAACUUGCCGAUAAGGUGAAAGGAGAAAAACCGAAAAAAGCAAAGAAGGAGCCAGCAGAAAAGAAGAAGAAAGUUACUAAGAAAGCUGAGAGUUCACCUAAGAAAACGGAAGCGAAAAAGAAGCCCGCCGCAAAGAAACCAAAAGAAGCCAAGCCUAAGAAGGCCCCCGUGAAAAAAUCUCCGGCAAAGAAAGCUAAGGCCCCGAAGAAGACGGCAAAAAAACCAGCAGCAAAAAAAGCAGCCGCUAAGAAGUAGACAUGAAAUAAUCACUUGUACAUAAAAGACUGUUAUUUACAUAUUGUAUAUAAAAUGUACAAUGCAUGCAUAUAUUCAACUAUAUUCAUGUAUAUAGAUAUUAUGUAUUCUUUAUUUAAGUAUAGUCAGAACCCGAGCUCUGCCAUAACUGUUUAAUAAGAGUUAAACCAAUAAUAAUAAAGAGCGAUUAAACU